GUUGGAUGAUAUAUAAGUUACGUAAUAUGAUCCUGUAUGAUUUUGAGAUUCCUAAAUUGGAAUAUUUUGAUCCUAAUACUGGUUUAAAAAAAGUAUAUUAAAAUAUUUACUAUUUAAGGGUUAAAUAAUUUUAGAUAGGAAUGUAAUAAUAGAAUUAUUAAAGGGACAAUUUAAUGUAGAUGUUCCUAAUAAAAAAAAAUAUUACUUUAAAGUAAAAAUAUUAUUUAAUUAGGAAUGUGAACAUCCAGCAUAAUUAUGGGUUGAUAAAGUGAAAGAGAUUAUGAAAAGAAGACUUAAUUAUGAAUGA